AUGUGGCAACCAUACAAGGACGAGAAUCCUGUUGUGGAAAGCCAUUCAAAUAUAACCUCUACAGACUUUUGGAACCUCCCUCCAGUUAAAGCACUCAAAUCAGGACUUACCACUAGUCGAGGGAAGAUACUUGAGAUUGACUGGCCUCCUAUGUCCCUUCCAAGCACCUACUACUACAUUUCCCUCUAUUUCCAAGAUAACAGACAACAAAGCCCUUACAGUUGGAGGAUUUUUGAUGUUUCUAUUAAUGGCCACACCUUCUUUUCCAACCUUAAUGCCACAGCUAAGGGUGUCACUGUUUAUGCUGCUCAAUGGCCACUCUUUGGCCAGACCAAAAUUUCAUUGAUCCCUGCUGCAGGAACACCCGUUGGACCUGUCAUCAAUGCUGGAGAAAUUUAUCAGAUUCUACCUCUUGGUGGUCGAACUCACACUAGAGAUGUAAUUGCAAUGGAGGAUUUGGCAAGAAGCCUUCAGAAUCCACCUGCUGAUUGGAACGGUGAUCCUUGCCUACCUAAAGGAAAUUCGUGGACUGGGCUUACAUGUUCUAAUGGUUUUCAUGCACGAGUCACAACACUGAACCUGACUAAUGCUGGGCUGUCUGGGACACUUACUCCCACCCUUGGCCAUCUAAGUGCACUAGCUCAUCUGUGGCUUGGGGGAAACAAACUCACAGGCACUAUCCCAGAUUUGAGUGGACUGAAGGAUUUACAAACUUUGCAUUUGGAAAAGAACAACUUUGAAGGAUCACUUCCUCCAACAACAGAGAAACUCCCAAGACUGCGUGAAAUGGGGAAGUUGGCAAACCUGACGGUAAAAGCGAAGCGAAGUGAAAUUACAAUUCAAGUCCAAAUUGCUAGUUAUAACCGUGCAUUUUCGGUUUCAAGGUGGCUCUAG